GUUUGCCGCCGGGGCGCGCGGGGGAGGAGGCCGCGGAGGGAGGGCAAAAGCGAAGGGAAGAUGGCGGCGGAAACAGUGGAGCUGCACAAGUUGAAGCUAGCUGAGCUGAAGCAGGAAUGUUUAGCCCGAGGCCUGGAGGCAAAAGGAAACAAACAGGAUCUCAUCAAUAGACUCCAGACCUACCUUGAGCAGCAUGCUGAGGAGGAGGCAAAUGAAGAGGAUGUCUUAGGAGAAGAAACAGAGGAGGAAGAACAGAAGCCCACAGAUGCUCCUAUCAAAGAGGAAGUAGCUAUUGAGAAAUCAACUGAAGUAGGUGCAGAGAAGAAGGUGGUGAAAAUUGCCCCAGAAAUUCCACAAACGGAGAGAAUGCAGAAACGGGCAGAGAGAUUCAAUGUACCUGUGAGUUUGGAGAGUAAGAAGGCUGCACGAGCAGCUCGAUUUGGUAUGCCUGCAGCUCCAACUAAAGGUCUUGUGACAGAAAGUAAGACUACAGUAAAUAUAGACAAAUUAAAGGAAAGGGCUCAGAGAUUUGGCUUGAAUGUCUCCACAGCCUCCAAAAAGACGGAAGAUGAUGAAAAGCUCAAAAAAAGAAAGGAGCGGUUUGGUAUUGUAACAAGUUCGGCUGGGGCAGCAACCACAGAAGAUGCAGAGGCAAAGAAGAGAAAAAGAGCAGAACGUUUUGGCAUCGUCUGAUGAUCCUUCCUCUUACUUAGCCUUUACUUGUUUGGGAUGUAUCUUUUAUACAUUCUUGUUCUUCAUCCCUAAUGAGGAAUAUAGUUUUCUCCCCCACACAAAUCUUGGCUUUGUAUUUUAAAACGAGCUCUUCAUUUGGGCUUUCCCCUCUCCCCUCCCUGCCAGACUUGUAAAAGAAACAAAUUUCAGAGCCUAGAAUAAAAGUGUUCUGUUUGUGUAUGUAACAAUUUGAAUUCUCUGGCAAAUUCUCUCGUUAGCCACUUGUAACCAGACUAUGCCUCCAACUUGCUUCCUCUCUGUACAGAUGAAAGCAGCUGCACAAAAUAAAGGGAUUUGCAAAAUAUGAGGAAUAUUAAUAUUUUUGUCACAUUGAACUCCAGUUGAAGUAGUACGUAAAUCCAGAGCUGUCUGAAUCUUCCUUGUAAUUUUACAAAGCUGUUCAUUGUCUCUUUAUUUCAAUUCUCACAUUGCCCGUGGCUCAGAAAUAGUCUUCCUCUUCUAUGUCUACUGUUUAGUAAAAUAACUCAAAAAGUUCAAAUGUCUCACCUGACUGACCCCAAUCUGAAACUGUUUUUAUACUUAAAAGUAUUUCUCUCCUGGGGUUCUGCUAAAAGUUCUCUAACAUUAGGUCUUAUGAAGUCAUAUGAUGUCAGCCAUACAUCUAUAUGGGUCAUAUAUUAUUGUCAGCUGAAGCAUUAGCCUUUUUUAAAUGCCUUGUGCAGCUAUUAUGUAUUCUAAAUGAAAGUAGCAUCAAAAAGCUCUAAGAUUAUAGCUGUGGAAAGAAUUGUUGUAAAAUGUAACGUUCAAGUUCAGUGUUUUUACACUACUUUCAUUUCCCAGGUGGAUUUUCAAAUUGCACUGUUCUUUGUUUCUCUUUUGAGUCAAAUGCUUCUAGUUGCAAUUUAAUAAAGAUAACAAAUUGGAUAAAGCCUCUGUCCUA